AUGGAUAAACAAUUGUCAGAACAGACCGACCACAACGUUGACUCUCCGUCAAAGAAUGAGGCAGAGUAUUCAGCGGCAGAAAGCCGUUACUCUCACAAGGAGCAGCGACACAUCAUCCACAAAGUCGACCGGCGACUCAUCACAGCAUUGGGGCUAUUGCUGUGUGUGAGUCUAGUUGACAGGACCAACUUGGGCAAUGCUAUGAUCUCUGGCAUGGAGGAGGAACUGCGGUUGGAGAUUGGCUCUCGCUAUGCCAUUGUUCUUCUCGUCUUCUUCAUUCCUUAUGUCCUAUUCCAGCUUCCAUUGAUUCUCCUGAAUCGCAAAAUUGGGCCUCGGAUCUUUCUGUCUGGUAUCACUUUGGCAUGGGGUAUUGUUAUGAUGUGUUUUGGCUUCGUACACAACUGGAAGGUCUUGAUUGCACUCCGGAUGCUGCUCGGCUUACUCGAAGGUGGUCUCUUUCCAGGGGCUGUAUACUUGCUCUCGAUGUGGUACUCCCGCUAUGAUAUGCACAAGAGGUAUUCGGCAUUCUAUCUUAUCAGUGUGACGGGAGGGGCUUUUUCUGGACUUCUAGCAUUCGGAUUUAUUCAUAUGGGUGGAUUAGCAGGCUUCGCACCAUGGAGAUGGAUCUUUAUCAUGGAGGGACUGCUCACUUGUGUGGUAGCAUGCAUUGGAUUUGUGCUGCUGAUCGAUUUUCCAGACGAAAAUCGUCCGUCAUGGAAAUUUCUCAGCAAAGAGGAAAUCGCUUUUAUUGUUGCGCGGAUUUCUCGAGAUCGACAGGACGCCUCGCAAGAAGUCCCCUUUGACCUAAAGCAAUUCCUCAAGCCAGCAUUGGAACCAAAGGUGUGGGGGUUCGCGAUUCUUUUCUUUUGCGCCACAAUGGUUUCCUACUCAAUUACUUUCUUCCUCCCUAUCAUCAUGACCUCCGAGCUACACUUUCGCACAGAAAUCGCCCAAGUCCUCACGACGCCGCCCUAUUUCUUCGCCGGAAUAUUCAUGUUCCUUCAAGGGUGGCUGGGUGACAAAUAUCGCAUGCGAGCACCAUUUAUUAUCUGGAACAAUAUACAAGCUAUCAUCGGACUGGCUAUUCUCGGCUGGGUCACUGUUCCUGGUGUGCAGUAUUUCGGGGUCUUUCUUGUUACCUCGGGGUCGAAUGCGAACGUCCCUGCUGUGCUGACGUAUCAAGCGAAUAAUAUCCGUGGCCAACUAAAGCGCGCUUUUUGCAGUGCCAGCGCGAUUACUUUGGGUGGUAUUGGAGGUGUGGCGGGAUCGAUGGUGUUUCGGACGCAGGAUGCGCCGAGGUAUCAUCCUGGGGUGUAUGCGUGUAUAGCAGCAAAUCUCCUCUCCAUUGUAGUUGUUGGUGUUCUUACUACUUAUUUUGCUGUUUGCAAUCGGCGAGCGUCCAGGGGGAGCAUGGUUAUCGAAGAAUUGUCAGGCUUCAAGUAUACGCUGUGA